AUGCUGUAUAUAAUAAUCAUUCCUGAUUAUCUAUCUAUCUAUCUAUCUAUCUAUCUAUCUAUCUAUCUAUCCCUGAAGUUAACAAGUGAAAUCCAAACAUCUAUCUAUCUAUCUAUCUAUCUAUCUAUCUAUCUAUAUGUUUAUUCUUUAUAUCUAUCUAUCUAUCUAUCUAUCUAUCUAUCUAUCUAUCUAUCUAUCUAUCUAUCUAUCUAUCGUUGUCUAUCUAUUUAUCUAUAUGUUUAUUCUUUAUAUCUAUCUAUCUAUCUAUCUAUCUAUCUAUCUAUCUAUCUAUCGUUGUCUAUCUAUUUAUCUAUAUGUUUAUUCUUUAUAUCUAUCUAUCUAUCUAUCUAUCUGUCUGUCUGUCUAUCUAUCUAUGUAUCUGUCUAUCUCAAUCUCUCUCGCUCUCUGUCUAUUUAUCUAUCUAUUUUUCCAUCUAUCUAUCUAUCUAUCUAUCUAUCUAUCUAUCUAUCUAUCUAUCUAUCUAUCUAUCUAACAGCCCGAUUUGUUUAUAUUGUAGUUGUUUCCCGUUCAUAUCUAUCUAUCUAUCUAUCUAUCUAUCUAUCUAUCUAUAUACAAACACAGGGAAAUAAGCUUGGGUUGCCGAAUAGUCCUCAGUCGGACCAAACGAAGGGCCAAUUUAACCCAACGUUCAACACUCUUGUCACAUCCAUUCUCAAGUUUAUUUAA